AUGACCGCAAGGUUCGUUGCGACUAUUCUGUGUCUGGGGCACCCUGCACCAACUGUCGCCUGGAUUACCGCGAAUGUGUCGUGCGCGCACAAAUCCUCCAAUUGCCCAUCCAUUGCGCGUGUCGUGACUCCGAUUAGCUCGGAUACUGCAUACACUGCGUAUUCGUUCAUCGACCCAAUUGAGCGCUCAGCUCUGCUUGCCGAAGAUGUUCUUUUCCUACAGAUAAAAGGCUGUCUAAAUGUUCCGACAUCCAAGUUCCUACGACUCUUCAUCGAGGCUUAUUUCGCCCGUGUACAUCCUCUCCUUCCGGUCCUGGACGAGGCGAGGUUCCCGCGAAUCAAUGCGUCUGAAGGUCGACACUCUGGCACAAUCAGCCUGUUUGUUCUUCACUCUUUGCUUUUCGCGAGCUGCAGCUUUGUGCAAGCGGCAACGAUUCGAGACGCCGGCUACGCGGACGUGUCCCAUGCAAGAGACACCUUCUAUCAGCGGGCAGCGCUGUUAUAUCAUUUCAGCGCCGAGCCACGCCUUCUUCCCAAGGCCCAAGGGGCAGUCUUACUCUCCUAUCGCCUUUCGCCGUCCGACUGGCGAGGUGGAAGUCAAUGGCUGUCAGUCGCGGUCCAGACUGCAGUCAUCAUUGAUUCAGAUCACACAGAAAGGGAAAAUGUGCUCCUGCUCGAGGCUGAAAGCAAAACACGCCUUUGGUGGUCAAUAUCCGUGCGGGAUCGUGCCAUCGCUCUGAGCCGUCGCGAGGCCUUGCAGAUCAUUCCCGCAGCCCUUGAAACUCGAAUUCACAGCCUUGAGGAACCUCGAUUUGACGAUAAAAUUGACCACUCGAUGGUAUACCUACCCUCUGCAAAGCGCGUCUUGCACCAUCUGUUCCAACUGCAGUGUCGAUUGUCUCGCCUUCUCGCUCGAGUGAUACCUCUUGCCUUUGGUGACCUACCCCAUCAGCAUCAGCGAGAUCUAGCCCACACUCUCCAGUCAGAUAUUAACUACCUCAAGCUUGAUCUUGCGGUCUGGGAUAUGAACAGAAAGACCCUGGUUGAUCAAGCACUGCAGAGUAGAUGUUCGGACGAGAUUAUCCAAGUCUAUGUCUCCCAGCUUUCGAUACACUAUCACCAUGCUCGAAUCUCGUUAUGUCACAAAGAACUCACCCUGAGUCAAUACUUUCCCACCCCACGGGAUAAGCAGCUUCAGCGUCGACGGACAAUCCUUUUGGAGCUCCACCACGCUGCUGAUGCCAUCACACAUGCCGUGGCUGGCCUUGGUCGAACCGGUGCAGACAGCCAAUUGCCGCUUGAUUCGAUAGUCUUGACAGCACUGCCCUUCAUGUUGCGAGUCUUGAACUUGAAGCUCGCCAAUAUUUCCAUGGGGAAUGCAAAUACGAAGGGUGUCACUGAGCUGCUGAUGACGUUUACACAACCAUACUUCCAGCGAGCCGCCGAAUUGGCCACUUGCGUGCGAGACAUAAUCGACCGGGUCACCGAGUCUGCUAUCUCCAGGAUACGCUGCUCGGGGCGUUCCACGGCCGAUCCACAGAACUGGGGCGAAGUAUUAUUACAUUUUCCGCAGAUCUAUCUCCAAACAGUUGCCUCCCUGGACAAGGCUCUCUCCUGGGGCCACUAUUGCGAGGAAGAAGAACCGCAGUGUCCAGCACCAUUGAAGCCUAUUCCAUCGCCGUUAUCCGCUUCAGACGCAUGGUCUUGGAUGGGUUGCAUCUCCAGUCACGGGGAGCACAUGGAAAUCCCCAGGUCUGGCAAUUUCCCAAGUCCUAUUUCGGCAACCGACGACGUAUCCCAUGCCAUGGUAAGCGAAUGGGAAUCUAUGGCACAAGUGCCCAUGAGGUCCCUUCGGGGUGCCGACUUUGAAGCGGCGAUGUUUACUGCCGUUGACGGAAGCUACGAGAAUCUUUCCGAGGAUAGUUGGGCUGGCAGCUUGUUUGACCUUUUUCUGGCCGAAGACGCCCUGUUGUAA